CCAAAAUUGGAGGGUGGAGAAAAGGAAAUUCCUUAUUUUUUGCUUACAAUUUCCAAAAGGUAGAGACACUUUCCUGAAUAAUAUUUAGAACCUCGGAGGAGAAGCAAACAAACACAAAACAAAACAAAUCAGAAUGAGCGGUGCAUUAUUCAGAAAUGUCGCCGCCGACACCGCACGGCUGAUACGGCGGAACGCGGCAGCGGAAAUUAAGCAACUGCAAUCCAGGCCUGAUUUCCGCGCACCUCAGCUUCUCGGUAGAGCAAAGGAAACCGGAAUCUCACUUCCGUCUUCUCCUUCCGGUCUCUGCUCAUCUGCGAAGGUGGGAUUCGUAGGAUGGUAUCUUGGUAUGGUGAAAUCACGACCUGUCAUCACCAAAAGUGUCACUUCUUCCAUUAUUUACAUUGCCGCCGAUUUGUCUUCUCAGAUAAUUUCGAAAAAAUCUUCGGAGUCUUAUGACAUGUUGAGAACAGCAAGGAUGGGAGGGUAUGGUCUAUUGGUCUUGGGUCCAACACUUCAUUAUUGGUUCAACUUCAUGUCAAGACUCUUUCCAAAACAAGAUUUGAUCACCACGUUCAAGAAAAUGGCCAUGGGACAAACCAUCUACGGGCCUAUCAUGACCGUUGUUUUCUUCUCCUUAAACGCUACCCUACAGGGGGAAAGUGGUUCAGAUAUAGUUGCAAGAUUGAAAAGGGACGUAAUCCCUGCAAUGUUUAACGGUGUCAUGUAUUGGCCUAUUUGUGAUUUUAUAACAUUCAGGUUCUUCCCCGUUCACUUACAGCCUCUUGUAAGCAACUCGUUUUCAUAUCUCUGGACAAUCUACAUGACGUACAUGGCAAACCGCGAAAAACCAGCAGUGAUUUCAGCUGAAACACCAUAAUACCUUCUAAGCUAUCUUGCGCAUUGCCACUCUAUGUAGAUUUAGGUUGGUUAAUAUAAGAUUUUCAAAGAACACA